GGCGCGGGCGGGGCCAUGGAGGAGCCGCGGGGGGCGCGGGGCUGGGAGGGGGGCGCGGGGCCCGGGGACGGGAACCGGGAUCGGGACCGGGAAUGGGACCGGGAAUGGGACCAGGACCAGGACCGGGAUUGGGACGAGUCCGCCCCGCUGCUGCCGCCGCCGCCCAGCAGCCCGCCCCCCGGCUCCUCGUUCGGCUGCGCGGUGCUCAACCUGAUGAACGCGAUCAUGGGCAGCGGGGCGCUGGGCUUGUCCUUCGCCAUGGCCAGCACCGGCGUCCUGGGCUUCAGCAUCUUGCUGCUGAUUGUCGCCAGCCUUGCCUCUUACUCUGUGUUUCUUCUGCUCAGUAUGUGCAUUCAGACUGCUGUCAUGUCUUAUGAAGACCUUGGCCUGUUUGCAUUUGGAUCAACUGGAAAGGUCCUUGUUGCAGCUACAAUAAUUAUCCAGAAUAUAGGAGCUAUGUCAUCUUAUCUUUUAAUUGUUAAGACUGAACUUCCUGGUGCUGUCGCGGGCUUCUUAAGUGGAGACGAGAGCGGGUCCUGGUACCUUGAUGGGAGACUGCUGCUACUCAUUACUUCGGUCUGCAUUGUUUUUCCCCUUGCACUUCUUCCUAAAAUUGGCUUUCUUGGCUACACAAGUAGUUUAUCAUUUUUCUUUAUGGUGUACUUUGCUCUUGUGGUUAUGAUAAAAAAGUGGUCCAUCCCGUGUCCUCUACCUCUGAAGAGUGCAAUAGAACCUUUACAGGUUUCAAAUUCUACUGCGGAUUGUAAAGCAAAGCUCUUUCAUCUUUCAAAGGAGAGUGCUUAUGCAAUACCAACUAUGGCCUUCUCUUUUCUCUGCCAUACCUCCGUCUUGCCGAUUUACUGUGAGCUCCAGAGUCCAUCCAAAAGUAGAAUGCAGAAUGUAACUGUCACAGGAAUUGGCCUGAGUUUCCUAAUUUACUUUAUGUCUGCUUUGUUUGGGUAUCUGACAUUUUAUGACAAAGUGGACUCUGAAUUGCUGCAAAGUUACAACAAGUACCUGCCACAUGAUACUGUCAUCCUGACUGUUAAAUUAGCCAUACUGUUUGCUGUGCUUUUGACAGUCCCUCUAAUCCACUUCCCUGCAAGGAAAGCAGUAUUGAUGCUAUUUUUCUCUCAUCUUCCUGUGUCAUGGAUUUGCCAUAUCUUUGUCACUUUAGCACUGAAUACAAUCGUUGUUUUGUUUGCAAUGUAUGUGCCAGACAUUAAAAACAUGUUUGGAGUAGUUGGUUCAACCACAUCAACAUGUUUGCUUUUUGUAUAUCCUGGACUAUUUUAUCUGAAGCUUAGCAGAGAGGACUUUCUAUCUCCACAGAAACUUGGGGCAUGUGCAUUGGUUAUUUUUGGCAUUUGUGUUGGUCUUCUCAGUUUAGUUCUAAUAAUUUUCAAUUGGAUUAAUCAGUAACAGCAUAUUGUUACUGUCUGAAGUGGGCUUCAGGAGAACAUCAAGAACCAGAGAUAUGUCAAAACUACUGAAAUGAAUGUUGAACAUCCCAAAGAAAUCACUGUCGAAGAAAUAAUCCUCUUUUUUUAGUCCAUUAGUAAUGUUCCUUCUUUAAUCUUGAGAAGGAACUCUCCAGUUACUGCACAAUAAGUCUUUGCCAUUCUAAAAUAUUAGUUUUUAAUGAUGUAAUCAUGACAGGUAAAAAGAUCUCUUGAGAAUUUCUGCAAUGCAAAAACAGUUUAAUGCACAUGGUGAACAAAAGCAAAACCUUGAAAUAACUUUUCUUUUAGAGAGAAUGAUAUGGACAGAUUUUAUAUCAAUCAUGAUGUGCAUGCCACACGUUAUCCUAACAGUGAAAGACUUCUGUUGCUGGAAUAAUUUCCAAAACUUCAGCCAGUUCAUAUUAAGAACUUACUGAUUCCAAAUGUUUACCCUAAUUUAUCCAAAUAUGGAUUCAGAAACCAAGAGCCUUAGCCCAGUUUAAUGGGCACAUCGUGGUAAUUGUUUUCUUGAAUACAGUUUUAUACCUCUGUGUACUUGAAUCAUAUUGAAGUAAUUUUUAAAUUAGAUGCUUUUUCCCAUCUAGCUUAAUAGGUUUUAGUAGCAUUAGGAAGUCUCAAUUUUCAAGUUAAAAAUAGGUAUCUUUCAAUUAAUGUCUGCUUUUGAAUGUUAUUCAAUUUACCUCAGUAUUCCUGAUGGUGGAAAAUGUUUCUUUUUCUCUCUUACUCCCAUUUCUACUAGUGUUUCAUGUUUGAAAUAGAGCAUAUCUAAAUGUUAUUUACUGCUGUGUGUCGGAGGAGGUUUGGGCUUGAAAUGUGAAAUUCUGCCUGUGUCGAAGUCAAAGGAAAUUUUACGUUUAUGGAACCUUAGUUUUACCCCAGAUCUCUAAACUUUAAUGUACCCUUCUGUAAUUCUUUCUUGGCCUAAAUGGAAUGUGACUGCAAUUUUCAACACCAGCUGGGCUCUGUCAUGUAUGGUAUUGGGUGCCCACCACAAAAGUUCCUCAUAUCUUCCACUGCUUUCAUUCUACUAACAUCAUGGUAAACCUUCUUAAAUUUGUUACUAUCAGAUGGAAUAGGAUGGCUUUAAAAUACCCUAAUCUCUUUAGAGACUGUGUGCCCUAAAGAAGUUAAGCCUCCGCAGGAAUGGCUUGUGUAAAGUUAAGAAAUUAGACCUCAGACUCAAAUGGCUUGAUUUAGAGAGUGGGAAAGUUCUUCAUUAUUUCCAGAUGCAGUAUUUCUUUUAAUUUAGGUUAGCACUUCUACAUCUGAGAAUUGGUGUAAGACACAAACAAAACAUAGCAAAGUAAUUUAUCUAUGUAAUUUGGAAGCAGCUAGUAAGUGCCACUUAUAUAUAUUUUUUCUGUCCGUAAAGUGCACAGCUAGUGCACCUUUCUCUAGCUAGAAAAUCCUGCUGAAAAAAUUCUGUUUAUAUGUUGAUGUAUGUUUUAUCAUUUGGAAUAGGGAAGAUGCCCCAGCAAAAUGGCAUUCCUAACUUCUUAGCAGUGGGUCUGUACUAUUGAGCUGCAAGUGCAAACAGAUCACUCAACUCUCAGGAUUUCACUUCUGAUAGAUGGCCUGGAGGCACCCAGGUGGUGUUGGUUGUGCAGCUUGGUACUGCUUCAGGAAUCCUUUGUGCCUGGGGAAUUUACUUCUGCUUAGGAGUUUAAUACAGAAAUAGACUUGAGUGGUGAGGCACAGGCACUAACUCAGAAGUUUUGUUAGAAUCCCCAUUCUGUAGGAAUUGUUACGCUAUAUUCUGGAAAAGAUUGCAGUCAUUUUUAUCACAGAGCUUCUAGAAGAGGUUUCACGAUGCAAGGUGAGCCAUCUAAGAGUUUGUCACUACCAGAAACAGUGUGUUCACUCUUGGCCAGAAGGUCACAGCUACUUCUACAGCAUCAGCACUGGUGGUGGCUCAAGCGGGUGGAGGGAGUGGGACUGCCUUUUUGAGCAGCAGCAGCCAUUAGAUGAGAAUAUUUUUCUCAGAAAUCUCAUACUUGACCUCCUGAAGCAAGCUGUGUACGCAGAGCAUGCCUCCAACUUGAGAGGUCUCUGGCCUCCUGGGAUCGAGGGGUCAAUCAGACAGCUUCUCAACUGUUGUGUGAGUAUUAGGAAUGGAGGCUCUGCAGCUUGCCUUUGUUCUUGCAGUUCUUUUUCAACUCUGCAUAGCCAGGUAUAGCCACCUUACUGGCUGUGGCUACCCUGUGAUUGCUGUUUGACAGGCUUUGGGGUUCACUAUAGGGGUGGACUAUAGGGUUUCAGCCACGCUGGGUAUCUCUGGCAGCAGUAGUAAGAAGCUAAAAAUCUACUUUAAUAAAGUGUAUCUUGAGAAAUCAAUGAUAGCAGUAGAUCAAGAAAUUAUUUUCUGACCUGAACCAAAACUUUUUAGGAAAACAGGAGACGUGUCAAUGAAGUAUAGAUUACUUUUUUUUUUCCAGACACUAGGAAUUAGGAGGAAUAUUUCUUAGAAUUGGGAGGUUUUAUGGAAAUUGUUUCUCAUUUAUUAUAUGCUCGUGUAGCUUACUAUUGAGUGGAAGUUGUUAGACAUCAUUGCAAGUCACUUUAUUUUAAACUCUAAACAGCAGGACUUAACAAAGAAGAUUUAUAUCAUCUGUGAAGGUGCUGAAAGUUGGCAAAGUUUUGUUAAGCCUUUGCUCUUACUUUCUACCUCUGAAAAAGCUGAGUCUUGCCCUGCACUGCAACCCUCUGCUCAUACAUAGACAGCUGGGUUUGUGUGCAUCUUGUUAAAAAAUGGGGACUCACAGAAUACCUGAAAUAAGGUGUCAGUUUUACAGUUGAUCCUUGUAAUGCUAUGGAAAUCACUACAUGAUUGUUUUUAAUCCAUGGGUACAUGAGCCUGGCUAUUAACUAACUGUCCUGGUAGGUAGGCUCUGGAAUGAUGAAUACCAGUGUGUGAAGUUAAUACACCGUGAGGAUGAAGGGAAGCAAUUUGCACCUCUGCUGGAGCUCUGUUAUUACAUUUUGACUGCAGGAUAGGAGCACAUUGCUGUGCAGAAUGUGUGUUAUCUUCUACUUGAAAAGAGCUGGAAAUAUGCUGCUUUUAAGAAGCUUGGAUGAUAUGUAACGUAAAAUGUGGGGAGAGGGGCAGAAAGAGAAAGGACUUAGAAAAAGGUGCAAGCAUUUUCCACUAUGAAAAAACAGAGUAACUAUUUUUAUCCUCUGAAUCUCUCUCUGUCUUCUGUUCAUUAUGGCUGUGUAAGGCUUUCACUACGGUUGUACACAAGCAUGAGGUUUUUUGAGCUAAAUGUAUACCCACUCUGGAGCUUUCUGCUGACUCAUGUGCUGCUAAAUAUAUUUUUCUUCUUGUGCACAGAUUUUUUUGGGCUAUAUUUCCACAUUUCUAAAUUUUAGUGGUUCUACUUUAUUAUCUGUAGCUACCAUUUCUGAACUCACUUGGCAAAGUUGCCUUUUCCCAGCUGAACAAGAAGAACAAUGUAGAGAUGAAAAUUAUUUGGUAGCCUUUGAUUUGUUUUCAUUCUCCUAUUUCCAUACCUUGCGAGUUUAAAAGCUGCUCACAUUUCAGAUGGACUGUGAUAAGCUGGAUGUGGAAAGUGUGUCAACAGUAUUACAGAAACGAGUACUGCUAAACAAGAGUGUUCUUAACCUGUCUUUGUAUUGUGACAAACACUUGUGUUUUACUCCCAUAUUUCUAAGCACUUUGCAUCUUAAUACUCGUUUUCGUUGCAGUAAGUUUGUUUAAAAUUCUCUCAUGGCCCUGUGUAGUGAAAACUGAGACAGUGAAGCCAUCCUGCCCUCUCUCCGUCGCUCCUUUCCCCUUCCCCUCCAUUUCAGUUUUGCAUUAAUGCCAGUUCUGUGGCACUGGGCAGGAACGUGCCAUUAGUUGAGCACUCCACAUGGUUAUUACGGGGAGUGCAGUGUGGGUGAAAGGUCUGCCUUUAGUCAUGCCUCGUGGCUCUGGUUUUCAAUAGGUGUCCACAGCUGGUCAUUGCCAAAGGCCAGGACUAGAUGCAGGCAGGGCUUUUUGGUGUGUGCCCGUCAUGUCUGUCCUUGUAAGAAUUUCUCUUUUUGGAGCAUGGAGACAUCUUAACUUUGUAACGGGAAGCCUGUGCUGAUCUGGAGUUCUUAAAUCAUUUUUGUCACACGGAGCGUACUCAAGGUGCUGUAUUUCCUGCCCCUGCAAUCCUCCUAAUGAGGACAAAAACAUGAUGGUCCAAGUGAGCUGCUAGGGCAAGUGCUAAAUCCUACCCAGCUUGUAAACACAUUGUUUCCAUGAGAGAGGAUAUGGGCUUGUACUUCAUUACUGUGUUACUGGUGCUGCACAAAUUAUCACUUUGGUGUGGAUCUGGAAGUCAGUGCUCCAAAUGUGUUCCAGUCUCAUUUAAAAUAAAUUCCUAAAAUUAAUUUUUAGGAUUAAUUGUAAAGAACAUGAAGUAUUUUCAUUAGCAUCAGCUGGUGCUCUUUCAGUAUUACAUAGGAUACGUGAGGACAGAAUCGUGCCUGUUUUGGAUACAAUUAAUUGCUUCAUUAUCAAUGCAGAUGUGUACCUUUCUUGUAAGCCAGCUCCUAAGCUCUUACUGAGCCAAAGUGAGGUUCAAAAUUCUGGAUCCUGCUAAUUCAGCAGCCUGGGAUCUUUAUUUGGCUUACAUUGAUAAUUGUAUAAACAAUAGAAGGGGAUGGACGUUUUACCACUGCAUCGCUUGCAAAUGCUUGAAGAUAAUCAAGUUGUUUCCAAAUGUCCCUACGGAGAUGGAGAUUAGUGUUACCUCUGUAGUGGGCAUCCUAAUGUGCUCUCAGAGAUUCAACUUUCGAUCAGACCAGGAGCUAAAGUAACAUUGAUUGCUGCAGAACUCCUUUCCUAAUUAGAUUUAACACUUAGCCCAAAAUUGUUGUUUUACAGUUGACUUCUAUGUUGAAAGCAUUCAUUAUAUUGUUCUGCGUACUGAGAAACCUUGCGGCACAUCACUGCCUAAUGACUGCCAGUGGCAGAAAGUUUUCAGUGUUAAAAAAGAGCUGCCUAACUUCCACAGUUUGUGGUGAUGUUUUUUUGUGUUUGUGUUUCAGUUGUGCUCAUUCAACCGUGCUUAAUGUGGAGCUGAAAUUCUGUUGAAAAUAAAAAAUAAUCAUCUGUAUGUAAAAAGUGCCUAGCUGAUGUCUGACCUGUGUAUUGUGCAACGUGUUUCCUAUUCUGAAUUCCCUGUGGAACAGCUGGGGUAUGUUCCGAAAAAGCAGAAAAUAAAGAACAGUAUUUGCAUAACUCA